AUUGAUAUUUGACAAUGACAAGACUAGUUUUGUUUUUGUUGCUUUGCUGUUAGGCUAGAAGGGGGUCAGGGGUUAAUAUUUUUCAAAAAUAGAAGUUCAAAAAAUUAUAUAAACACGUACAUUAAUAUUCGGUAUGUUCAGUUUUAUGUAACCAGAAUAUUCAAAAUUCAUUGCACUUUGCACUUUGGUUCAUCAUUCGUAAUUACUUCCAUAUCAUUUUGUGUGAUGGAAAUAAUGCCCGAAAGAAUCAAUAUCGAUGAACCUCUAUGGGAUCAAAACACGUUUGUUGGAAGAUUCAAACAUUUUCUUUGGGUAACAGAUCCAAGAACUUGCAUUGUGAGUGAAGAAGCUCUGGAUAGGUCAAAAAUUUUAGUAGAGCAAUAUAGGAAAGGACAAGAACCACCGGGUACAUCUCUAGAACAAAUCAUUUAUGCCAAAAAGUUGUAUGAAAGUGCUUUCCAUCCAGACAGUGGAGAGAAACAAAAUGUUUUUGGUAGGAUGUCUUUCCAAGUACCUGGUGGUAUGGCUAUCACAGGAGCUAUGCUUCAGUGGUAUAGAACACCAUUUGCUGUAGUAUUUUGGCAAUGGGUGAACCAGUCAUUCAAUGCUUUGGUGAAUUAUACAAACCGUAAUGCAAAAUCACCCACAUCCACUACACAGCUUGUAGUGGCGUAUGCUUCUGCAACUUCAUCAGCCAUGCUCACAGCAUUGGGCUGCAAAUAUUAUUGGUCAAAGAGGGCAAGUCCAUUUGUACAGAGAUACGUGCCGUUCGCAGCGGUCGCAGCAGCCAACUGCGUCAACAUACCGUUGAUGAGGCAGAACGAGAUCGGCCAAGGUAUUGACUGUACCGACGAUAAGGGUAAAAUCGUCGGGCAGUCGAAGCUGGCGGCAGCCAAGGGCAUCACGCAGGUGGUGUUCUCGCGCAUCGCCAUGUGUGCCCCCGGCAUGCUGGUGCUGCCGGUCAUCAUGGAGCGGGCAGAGAAGUUGAAGUUCAUGCAGAGGAUCACGUUCUUGCACGGGCCCAUACAGGUCUUGGGCGUUGGAUGUUUCUUAUCAUUCAUGGUUCCAGUUGCUUGUGGCAUCUUCCCACAAAAAUGUUCCAUCAAAACAUCGACUAUCGCCUGGCUGGAACCAGAGGCGUAUGAAAAAAUGAAGAAAUCUUGUGACGAUAAGGUUCCAGAAGUUGUUUACUUCAACAAAGGGCUCUAGAUUUCCGUUAUCUAAAUGGGUGAGACGGUAAAAACCUUAGUAAAAUAAUAGGCGAUCAGCUGGUAUAACUUUCAAUUGAAAAAUACGUAAUUCAAUAAGUUUGAAAGUCCCAUCGGAGAUUAUUAGUAGUAAUAUGGUAGUUACGUAAUUUAUUACUUGUCAACUGUUUUGGCAAUAUGUAAUUUAGUUUUUUUUGCAAAAGUGAUAUAAGCGCGGCAAUAAUUUUAUUUUUUUAAUUUAUUUUGUAUUGUUCUAUUUAUUAAGCAAUAUACUUUGAAUACUAAAAAUUAAAAAUGAUAUUAGAAUACUAAACAAUGUGGUAUUAUAUCAUAUGACAAUAAUUUUUCAAAUUUCUUCUUUAUUGUUAAUUCAAUUUUGUGUACAAAAUAUAAUAAAAUAUGUGAGGAACUCAAAAGUGUAAUUUCACCCUAGAUUUAUUUUUUUGCUUUCCUAGCUUCAUUGUCAAGCCCUAAUAAUAUUUGCGCUCAAGUAGUGAGACGAUGUUGUUUUUCAAAAUUCUUUAUUGUGAUUUUGUGUACAAAAUUGGAGUUUUAAAUACAUAAGGCACUUUUCAAUUUAUUUACAAAUAUAUUGCUUCAAUAGUUUCAUAAAAAUAAUACAUUAGAACACCAAACAACCAAUAAAUAUGCUCAUGAAAUUCACAAACGUCUAAAAAAUCGUACCUAUGAGAAAAUAGAACGAUAUAUAUACAAAUAACAUUGACAUAUAUCAACAAGUAUCAACAUAAUGCUAGUUAUAUCGAGGCUUCGGACAAGUUACUGAACUAGCAUUGAAUGAACAAGUUUCCAACAUAUGUAUUGAGCAUCUAUCUGUGAACUCAAGUCAAAAAUAAUGUAUUCGAAUUUGAAUUUUUUGUUUAUUUCGUGAAGGCGCCACUUUAAAUAACCUAAGUGUGGAUUUAUGCAGCAUCAAUUUAUAAUUAUCAAGUAACAAUUAUCAAUCAACAAUUAUCAAGUAACAAUUAUCAAUCAAUAAUUAUCAAGUAACAAUUAUCAAUCAACAAUUAUCAAGUAAGGAGUAGCUAAAAUGUUACUAUUUAUGCAAACCAAUUAACAAUAAAAAAUACGCAGGCGCAAAAGUCCAUUCCAAGCCAUUUAAGAUAACCAUAGAAACUUUUUUCAUAAUAUAUUAGACACAUUUUUGGGAUAUUGCUAUCACAAGUGGGUCCAAGACUCCAAAAUAAUAGGAAUUAUAAAAUGUAAAAGGAAACACAAAACCUGGAAAUGUUUUGAGGUUAAUCUCCAUCAUAGGAUGGACCAAUCCUCAGUCAUAUACAAGGCCAUCUGCGUACUAUUUGCACACAAUAAGAAAACCUGGUUCAAUAAAUGUAAAAAGUACUUGUUAUUUGAUAAAUGAUAAAUUGUUAAUUGUAUGCAUAAACACGUUGCACAAAACCACAGACACAGAACUUGAGCACAAAACAAACUAUAGAAGAAGAAAAAGAUUAUUCUCGAAAUCUAGUUCAUAGUUCAUUAUUUCAUUUCAUUCUCAGUGAUCUAUCAGUGUCAUAUUAUAGUUUUUAUUGAGUGACAAAUGCAAUUACAAAUGGUGACAAGACCAAGUUACAGACGAAUUACCUAAUGAGAAUGUCGUUUGAAUUUAGGUUCGAUUUAAUAAUUUUUUUCUGGGUCAACCGCAAUCGUAAGAAAAUUUAUAAAAAUGCUGAAUUCACCCAGUUUGUGUUCUAAAUCGUGAAAAAAAAUCAAAAAAUCAUGGUGAAAUUCCCUAUUACAUAAAUUCAAUUAUUAAACUAGCUUCCGUUAAAAAAUGCCAGCUAACUUUACUAAAACCUAUUUUCCUCACAAACUCAUAUUUGUUAUAUCUUUCCACGUCCUGUAUGAUGAAUGUCAAUUUAUCAUACAUCCAAAAAAUCAUAUUUGUAACCUAGCCCCUUCUUACACUUGCAGAAGUGUUCAAAAUAUUGCCGUCAGAUGGGGCGACGUGUUCAUUUCUAUCGCGAAUUGAUUCAAAAUCGGUUUUGAGGUUAUCGGACAUCAUAAAAUCGAUCUACAUGAAAACAAAAGUCAUCCCCAUGGUAGACAAUGUAUCUCAGUGAAACGUCAUAGUUUGUUGGCCAAAACUUGUAUACUGCUGCUUUCACAAAUAGUAAUUAUUUCAAUAUCUUGAAUAAUCGAGAGAAGGCACACUACACUGUUUUACCACUAUAGAUUAUUCAAUGGCCUUCCAGGACAAUAUCGAAACUUGACUGUUCUAUCCUACUUUCUUACUAAAUUUGUUCACUUGGCCUUGAAAGACACUGAUUAUGAGAUCGUUUUGGCCAUACGUAAUUUUUUUUUUCGAAGACUAGCAUUUUUUAAAGAAAAAUUAUAAAAACCAGCCAAUGAAUUCGGAAAAUGAGAAAGAGGCAUGGAGCUGCUACUUAUGAUAGCGUCUGGAGGAAGGAGCAAAACGAUAAACAACGUAGUGGGAGACCGCUUCCAGUGCUCUUUGAGUGAAAAUAUCCCGAGCGAUGACCAUAAAAAUAUUGUAUCUCUAAUCUGGACGAUAUUUUCGUUCUGUAAUUCUUGACGAAAUGAGUUCUAUCUUUCAGUUCUAUGUCGUUUUUCCAUUCGAUAAAUUGUUUAUAAGAUGGAAUUUCAAGAUUUUUAUUAACAACCGUCAAGCCAUGCGAAAUUUCAUCAAUUUCCUCAAGCGCCGACGCACUUGUCAUUCCUACUUUGCCCGUAAUCGAACGAGUGCUUUACGUUACUGCUAUCAAUGAGCAACGAGGCGUCGCUCAUGAGCCUCGCAUUGCUCCUCACCAAAAACAACAGAUGGUACUCCUCGGACACUGGGGGAAUGAGUCCAGUUCUCGUCGACAAGACUUUUUAUAGUCAUCGAAACAAGUGAAGAGACGUUAAAGAAUCGGUUUGAUUAUCAGUAAAACGGUGUAGUAUGCAUGGCACCGAAAUGGCAUGACAGUGGAUAAAAAAAACACAAUACAUGAAGGAAACUUCCUCAUUCAACUACCGAUACCUCAUUCCCUCAAGCGCCGACGCACUUGUAGCUCAUGCUCUGUUCGUAAAAGCGUCGCUCGCAAGCCUCACGUUGCUCCUUAUAAGAAACAACAGAUGGCAUAGUUAUCGACACAAGUAUAGAGGUGUUAAAAUAACGGUUUGCUUAUUCGUAAAACAGUGUAAAAUGAUUCUGGGACCAAAAAAAUCAUGACAGUAGAUAGACAACUUCCAAACCUCAAUUCCCUCAAGCCCGACUAAUUUGUCAUUCCUACUCUGUCUGUAACCGAACAAGUGCUUCACGUUACAGCUAUCAAUGAGCAAGGAGGCGUCGCUCAUGAGCCUCGCGUUGCUCCUCACCAAAAACAACAGAUGAUACUCCUCGGACACUGGGGCAAUGAGUCCAGUUUUCGUCGACAAGACCUUUUAUAGUCAUCGAAACAAGUGAAGAGACGCUGAAGAAUCGGUUGAUUAUCAGUAAAACGGUGUAGUAUGACAGUGGAUAGAAAAAACACAACACAUGAAGGAAACUUGUUCACUCAUUCCCUCAAGCGCCGACGCACUUGUCACUCCUACUCUGUCCGUAACCGAACGAGUGCUUCACGUUACUGCUAUCAAUGAGCAACGAGGCGUCGCUCAUGAGCCUCGCGUUGCUCCUCACCAAAAACAGCAAAUGGCACUCCUCGUACACCGUUAAUUGCACUCUGGCGCACACCAGUCCGUGUAGAACAGUGGCCCUUUGAAGGUCCAACCAUCGCUGCAGAGCUAGUUCCCGUUCUUUGACGGUGCACCCCAAGGAUACGUCCGAGGGCCCCCACAGCGAGAACUCGAGGAUGCUCUUGACUUGGGUGAGAGAGACGGCGCGCUCGUGGUUGAGGAGGGAUUGUAUGACGGGGGUGAUUUUGGGGGAGGGUUGGAGCAGGUUGAGGGCUCGCAGGGCGCACAUGCAGAGGGUGCCGUACUUUUCGUUGGUGGUUUUGUUGGCGAGGUCGGAGGCCAGACUGGAA